AUCUUCUUUAGAGAAAAUAUCAACACAACUAAUUUCAUUUUUCAAAUUAUAGAUAUGAAAUCUUCUUUGAUUCGAACCGGCUCGUCCGGUUCACUUCCGGUUCAUUCCUCCUUUGUACCGACCUCGCCGCGAGUUUCAGUUCCCAGCAGAUACUCCGGCGAGAAGACUAAAUGCUCGCCGACAAUUUCGCUGCACUUUCACGCCAAUCAGACUCCGAUUCGAAGAGUGUCGUCGGAGUCUGAUCUCAAGCUUUCCGGCACUUUCGCCAAGCUGACUCGUGAGAGAUCGCAGUCUUUUCCGGCGAUUAUACCGGAAGAAGACUAUUUCUCCGACGUCGGAGGAGGUGGAGCGUUGACUUUGACUGAAAAUGGAUUUAAUCAUGAGAAUUACACGGCGGUGGAUGACUUCGCGUUUUCCGGCGACGGAAUCGGGAAAGGGAGAGUGUCCGGUGGAAGUAGAGGCGGUAAUGGUUUUGGAAGCGGUGGUGGAAGCUCUGAUCGGAAAGAUGUCGGAGCGUAUUAUCAGGAAAUGUUGAAGUCUGAUCCGAUGAAUUCGCUGCUUCUUCGAAACUACGGCAAGUUCUUGCACGAGGUGGAAGGAGACAGUGUGAAAGCUGAAGAGUGUUACGGAAGAGCAAUUCUAGCUAGUCCAGGUGAUGGUGAAGUGCUUUCUCUGUAUGGCAAACUAAUUUGGGAUACGCAACGAGACGGAGAAAGAGCUAAAUCGUACUUCGAUCAGGCUGUCAAUGCCUCUCCUGAUGACAGUUUGGUGAUGGGAUCAUACGCGCAGUUCAUGUGGGAAGCAGAGGACGAUGAAGAAGAUGCAGGGGAAGAGAUUGAAAUGUCAAGGGCGGCCAUGGUUGAAGCUUACUAGUGAAGUAACCGUUUUUCUAAGUGCCAUGGUUGAAGCUUACUAAUGAAGUAACAUUUUCUUUAAGUUAUACAAAUAACAAUCUGGACUUGACUUCUAUAUGCAUGUUACUAGACAUGCAAGAUGUAUAAAUAUAAUUACGUAUUACGUUUAGAAUAAGAGGAAUAAUCUAACUCUGAUUAUUUCCCCACUUGCUUGUUAAUCUAUAGAGAGGAUAAUGGAAGUCUAAAACAGGAGAUGAGGAGAGAACUAUAUGUACCAGUUGCCUAUUUCUUGUUUUUGUUUGUACAAUACUUUUAACUAAUUUAACUGAAAUUUGUAUA